GGAGCUCAAGCCAAGGAUCAGUGAGUGCCUCACUGUCUUUCCUGCUGCCUGUGGAUAGGGAUAAAGAACUCUCAGCUCCUUCUCCAGCUCCAUUGUCUGCCUGCACACAGCCAAGCUUCCCGCCAUGAUGAUAAUGGACUAAACCUCUGAAAAUGACCAGCUGGAUGAGUGUUUCCCAUGAGACCAUCUACCUAAGCCGAGUCGUCUUCCUCUCCUGAUCCCAAGAAGCCACUAAUUUGAUUGCUAUCACCUCGGCUCAGUUUCGACAACUCUUGAGCUAGAGAAAUGGAAUCGUGCUGUUUGCACCGGGUUGGUUCCACCUCCUUUUAACCCAUAGACUGUACAUCAGACUAAUCUGUAGUAUUCUAGUGUGUAGUGUCCUCCUGGUUUGUUCCAUUUACGCAUAAAAUACGUGUGUCCCUCAAAAUUCAGAGGGGAUUGGUUCCAAGGCCCUAAAUAUGAGGAUGCUCAAGUCUUUCAUAAAAUGAUGCAGUGUUCACAGGUACCCUACACACAUCCUCCCACGGUUCACUGCUAAAACUGGUUUUGGACCCUGGGAUAAGAGACCGGGGUGUGUAUUUUAUAUAUCAAAGCAGUCCUGGCCUCCAGGUUUUCCCAGCAUCCCUCAGUCCCUUCUUGGCAUACCCUGCCCCCAACCAUGAACUUUCCAGCCCAAAGGCUCCUUCCUAUAUAUGCCAGAUAUUUUUGCUCUUCCCACCUUGGUCUCCUCCCCCCUCCUUCCUUCUGUCUCUGUGUCCGCCCUUUCUCUCUUUCUCCCCCAUGGUGUCUUUUCUGGGUUCCAUCCUUAGGGCCAGUAAACUCACCAGAGAGUGAGUAGCUUUCCAAUAAUCCUGCCUUUCAAAGCAUUCUAGUCUGGCUUGAAUUGGCUCAUUUCACCAUCAGCAGAGAAAUAACCUAUCAAAAACCUGUAAGAGCUAUAAAAAAAAAGCACUUAUGGUUUUUAGGCAAUGACAACAAAAGUACAUAUUCAGUAUAGGUGCAAGUUCUUCCAAAUGUUUUAGAGACAUUUUUGAACGUCCCAUGCAGAAGUUAUGGCUACCAAGUGUCAAAUGUAUCCCAGUUGUUUCCGGGACAACUGAACUAGGGAUUCACUCUUACAUAGGACUCCAGACAGUCCAUAAGACUGGAGGAUCCAGGCACAGCACAGGGGUGUGUUGAGAACAAGGAGACGCUGAGAGUUUUUCUGGAAUGCCAAUCAGCACUGCCCAAGAACACUAUUUGCCUCUGAAUCCGUGCUCAACCCACUAUUCAUUUAACCAGAGCUCCCCGGCCCUCUGUUUUCUCCUGUUGUUAAGUGACAGAAGACCAGGUACAGGUACACUGAUCCUUAAGGACUCAUAAGCAAUUAAACAAGAGUCACACAGUCAAAUCUGUUUUCCACCCUGGCCAAGGGCUCACCACCUCUUCUUCAUACCUAUGACCUCAGCUUAGGUGUCAAUGCCUGUGCCUCAAUGUAUGCUUCCCGCAUCCAGUUUGAUAUGAUCUCUUUUAGCUCCCUUAGUCACUACCUGUCCGAGUCACCGUGACUUUAGUGCCUGGAAGGACGUUCAGGUUGCUUAGCUGGUCUCCCAUCCCGAACCUCACCUCCAUGUCUUCUAACCCUGAAAGUUAAUGGCCUUGGAACAAGAUCCCUUCACUCACACAACACACAAACUCAAUCUGCCCAAGAAGGCCCCAACCCUCACCCACUCCAAACACUAGGAUUCCAUUCCUUUAAUUUGCCUCUUAGUGCCUUCCACGAUGCCUAAUUACGAAUCACGAUGCCUAGUUACGAAUCACGUACUGGUACAAAUAAAAGUGAUUACCCAGCGGUAAUGUCUCCUCUGUCCCCCAACACUCACUCGCACCUCUUGACUGAGAAAAUUGGGGUCAGGAGUAGAAGUCUACCUCCUUAACCUCUAGCACUGCGCUUGCGCACAGUAUGAGCUCAGGAACUUGGCUAAGAAACUAGUAAGUGACCACACUGACUCAUCUAGACUUUUUAACAAGCCUGGGGCAAGCCAUUUCAUCACCCAGAAGGAACCACGUGCUUAGACCAUGGUUGAAAGGGCCAGAUCUGAGCCACGAGAAGUUUUCCCAGAGUGCACAAACCACUAGGUCUUAGAGAUUCUGGGGAAUCAGGUUCAUCAGCGUAACUAAACCACGCUCGCCCGCUGAGCUCUUAAAGAGUAAGGAUCACAAUCUGCUGCAUAUGCAUGAAGGAGACCAUGGGCCAGAGGUUCGGGGCUGCCCAAACUGCGCCUGAUCAAAUAUUCCACGGGCUUGAGGACCUCAGUGCCCUAUAAUUUUAUUCAAGUCCAUAAAAAGUUCCGAAAGGACAUUUUGUGGCCGAUAUUGAGGCAAAAGUGCCUGAGAGUAGCCUCGCUUUGAGUCAGUUUGUCAGGCGUCCGCGGCGGACAGCCCAAUUUUGGACGGGGUCCUUGGACCGCUUCACUAGAAGACGAAGGGGGCGUCUCCCCAGCUCCUGCGGCGUCGGUGGCGAGCUAAGGUGGAGGCCGGCAGCGGCAGCGACAGCGACGGCGACAGUGGCGGCGGUGCCAUGGCGGGGCUCGCAGGAUCCCUGCUGCCUUGGUGAUCCCGGGCUGACAGCCAGAGAGCACAGCGGCUCAGCUCCUGGAGAGAGAGUCGAAGAAAACGAAGGGCAGCCACCCGUGCCUGCUGGCCCCCAUUAGGUCGGUUCCUGCAGCGGUGCCUGGCUGCCUUGGUGAAGGCCCUGCCCGGCAGAGAUCAUGUAUUGCCUCCAGUGGCUGCUGCCCGUCCUCCUCAUCCCCAAGCCCCUCAACCCCGCUCUGUGGUUCAGCCACUCCAUGUUCAUGGGCUUCUACCUGCUCAGCUUCCUCCUGGAACGGAAACCUUGCACGAUAUGUGCCCUGGUCUUCCUGGCAGCCCUCUUUCUCAUCUGCUAUAGCUGCUGGGGCAAUUGCUUCCUGUACCACUGCUCCGAUUCCCCGCUUCCAGAAUCAGCCCAUGACCCCGGUGUGGUGGGCACCUAACGUCUGCCGAGAUAGCUUGCCACAAAGCAGAAGACGGGAGGGGAGGCAUUGACAUAGGUCAUAAAGCAUUGGAGUUUCAAACCCCGCAGCCCUGCGGGUACCACAUUCCUAAUGGAGCCUUUUGGCCUGUGAUGUCUUAUCCUUAUAAUGUGAAUAAUGGCACUGACCGGUGCUCCCAUUGUAGAGUCCUGUAGUCGUGGGUGGUCUUAUGGUUGUGUGUUCUGUCACCAUCUGGGUCCCGGCUGACGGAUUGGCCCACCCCCUUGCUCAUUGAUUUGGGGAGUCUAUUUCUAUCCUGGUCAGCUACCCUUGGUAUGACCCAGGUGGAUACAAUGUAGUCUCAUUGUCACCUCCAUAACCUUCCUCGUCAAGAUCUUCCUUGAUCCCUCCUCAGUCCCUUUCCCUGGUUUCCCCUUGGUUCUCUCCCACCCCUUUCCUUUUUGGGGGAGCACCUGUCCAAGACAGGGCUUGUUUUUGCACUUAUCUCAAAUUUGAAGAGAUUGCUGAUGCCCGAGAGCCUCGCUUUUUCGUCCUCCGUUCCCUGUGGAGAAGGUGAGACGGAACCAUGUCUCAACUGCUCGUUCCACAGACCUCCAGUGUUUUCUCUGCCUCAUUUCUAAGAAGGAAGCAAUGGGGAGACAUAGCUCUUUGGCCGGGGUAUCUGGGCUCUUGCCUUCCAGCCCAGCCUCUCUCCCUUUGCUCUUCCUCCUGCCUCUCUCAGCCACCUAAAGGGGCUGCCUCCUGUUUCCAGUGCAUGCUCUUCAGGAGGGAGAUGUGCAGUAUUCCCUUAGACCCAGUGACCCUGGCUGAGUGAAUGGGAAAGUAUUACGAUUUUCCUAUCAGCCAUGAUUCCCUUGAGAGGUGUUUGGAUGUUUUUUGAUCUGCCCUGUAUGUGUGUACAUACAUAUGUAUGAGUGUGUGUGUGUGUGUGUGUGUGUGUGUGUGUGUGUGUGUGUGUGUACAUACAGAUACAUGUGUGUAUUCCUUUUGAAGAAGCUUUACUGAAUGUGUUCUGACUUUGAGGUUUAGUAGUAGUAGUAGCUGUAGUAGGUCCUGCAGUUUUUAUUUAGCAUGGGGAUUGCAGAGUGACCAGCAGAGUGGACUCCAAGGUGGUUCAGACAAGACCCAGGGGAGCAGUCACCAUCAUCCUCCCACCAGGAGCCUCUUCAUUCCUGCGCAUGUAGACUGUGCACUAUGAAGAAUACACAGGAAGAUUUGGUGACUUUGUACUUGUUUGCUUUUCUCUGCGCUUCAGAAACAAGUGUCUGCAAAUGAGACUUUCUCCUGGCCCCAUCCCGUCGGAAAUGUCCCUCUCUCUUGUGUUCCAGUGAGGGUAGUGGGCCAGGCACAGGGCAGAGCUGGAAGCAGGCAUCUGGGGAGUGGGACUUUGAGGCCACACUUGUGAAACACUCGGACUGCUGUUGUAAAGCUUUUAUUUCUGGUGUGUUCGUUCCACAGCUGUUUGAAAUGUUUAAUAAAGCUUUAUAAACUUUA